UCGAUGACAGACAUCCUGAAAUCAAGCAACUAUUAAAUGCUGUAUAGCAAGUUGGAUGCAGGAUGAGUGGAGUUGUUAUAUUUGCUAUGUUUGUAGAUAACGAUAUCUUGUGAGGAUGAUUCUUGGAAUAUUCUAUGCUAGAUUCCUCCCGCAGGAAGGAAUCAAAAUCGUCCACCAAAAACCCCCCGGCUGCAUCGUCCCCGAACCCGGCUACGAGACCGCGCAACUCCUCCACUUCGACGCCAUCACCGACUUCGUGAUCCCGCGCCAAUCCUUCUGCAACCGCUACAUCACCGGGCGCGACCCCAGCGGUCACUACCGCAUCCUCGGCUUCCCCGUGUGCCUCCAUAAUGAGAAAUACGCGCGCAACGAAUUCAUCUUCAACUUCGGCAUCGUCAUAUCCACCGACCAUGAUACCGCGACCUACGAGCCGGUGAUCCGGCGGCUGGCGACGAUGUUUACGGAGAUGGAGGUGCAGACGCAGUUUUUGAGCCAGGAGGGCGUGGCGGACCAUGUGCAGAGGAGUAUUGGGGGGUUGCUGGAGAUUAUUCGAGAGGAUCUGAAUAACUACAAUGAGUGCAUGAUUCCGGUCGACAAGUCGAAUACGAUUAACAUGAAGCUGUUCCCCGUGCAGUGCGAUCCGCCACCCGUGAAGUCGUGGCACGUACCCAUCGCUAAGAUCCGGUUCGACGAGAUCGUGGAUGAUAGAUGGGACUUGACGAUGCGGAAGGUGAUCCCUCUCAUCGACGGGGUGCGCGACGUGCGACGCAUCGCAGCGACGGCGGAUGUAUCCCUCGAGCUGACGAAAUUGACGCUGAGGCAUCUGCUGUACUACAAGACGAUCAUGCUGGUGGAUAUGUUCUUCUUCAACAACAUCUACGCCGUGACGCCGCUGAUACGCGAUUUCGUGAAUAAUGUCGAUAAAAUGCAAGAUGAGUGCGCGGCAUACGUGCUUGCGCAGCGGCCCAAGGCCGUGGGAUACCAGUUGUGUCGGUUACUCGGGACGUUUGGGCAGGGUCGCACGAUCAGGGAGUGGCUGCGUCUGCAUAUUGAUGAUGGGCAGGUGGCGGUGGAUGGGCUUGAUGUGCGGCGUCUGGUGCAGUUUGGGGUUAUCAAGAGCUUGCUGAGGCGCGUGCAUAAGUUUCCUGUGUCGGCGGCGUAUGUGGCUGAGUUGGCGGAGGGGAAGGGGGUGGAGAAGGGGAAGGGGCGGGGGCAGGGGGAGGAGGACGGGGAGGCGCUGGAGAAGUAUACGGAUGGGAGACAUCAUUUUGAUCAGAUUAUUACGGAGGUUAAUUUGGGGGAGGCUGAGAUUAUGCGGGGGCUGAGCAGGUUGUCGGCGGGGGAUGUUCAGAUUGUGUAUAGGUGAGCGUGGGUGUUGGAUGGGGAUUGUGUAUGGGUUAGCAUGGUUGAUGGGCUCUUGGUAUUGUCAAGUCUGCCAUACAAUUAGCCGGUCUCGAAGAAGACAUGAACUUACAUUGAAGUUGCCACACAAGGGCUUAGGACGAACUGAAGGUUACUAAGUGGUUUGAGAAAUACUUCUGAUUUAUAUGGGAUUGAAAUAUACAGCCGGAGUCACUUUGGAAUAUAGACGAAACUGGCUUUCGAAUUAGAAUUCCUAGAGGUAAGAGAGUUAUAGUACCACAAGCAGCAAAGGAGCUAUAUACUCUAAGCCCUGAGAAUCAUACGUC